AUGACGCGGCGGUGCUCCCACUGCAGCCACAACGGCCACAACUCCCGGACCUGCCCCGCCCGCGGCGGCGGCGGCGGCGGGGGAGGCGGCGUGAGGCUCUUCGGGGUGAGGCUGACGGACGGCUCGAUCAUCAAGAAGAGCGCCAGCACCAGCAGCCUCUCGUCGCACCACCUCCUCCCCCCCUCCUCCUCGCCGUCGCCUUCGCCUUCGCCGUCGCCGUCGCCGUCGCAGGCCGCGGGCUCGCCGCCGUCGGGCGACCACCACUACGACCACCACCACCAGCAGCGCGACCCGGACGGGUACUUGUCCGACGAUCCCGCGCAGGGGGCCUGCGCGUCCGAUCGCCGCGGGGAGAGGAAGAAAGGUGUCCCUUGGACAGAGGAGGAACACCGACUUUUUUUGAUUGGUCUGCAGAAACUGGGAAAAGGUGACUGGCGUGGGAUAGCGCGCAAUUAUGUUACGUCGAGAACUCCUACUCAAGUGGCUAGCCAUGCCCAGAAGUACUUCAUUCGGCAGACUACUGCUGGCCGUAAAAAGAGACGCUCCAGCCUCUUUGACAUGGCUCCAGAGAUGGCCACCGAUCGUCCACUAAUACCAAAGGAAACAACCUUGCCUCCUUUUGCAAGAGAUUCUGAUCAACCAGAUUCAAUGCCUUCGCUGGAUCUCUCACUGGCCUCAGAAUCUAAGCCAAUGGAAACCUCUUCUCAUGAAACAGUCAAAGAUGUUGCCAAAACUGCAAUGGUAUCUGAUGUGUUUCCGUGUACCAUUCCUGGACAUUUCCCAACUUAUUAUGAACAAGUACCUCUUUCAAUCUGGCCAUCCAAUAUAACCUCUGUGGAAAAUAAGACUGCAGAGAUAUCUCAUCAUCAGGUCCUGAAGCCAAUUCCCUUGCUUCAUAAGGAACCCGUCAAUGUAGAUGAACUAUGUGGUAUGUCUCAGUUGAGUCUCUUAGAGAGUGAGAAUGGCUUUAAGGAUCGUCCAGUUCUCUCUUUGAAUUUGCUUGGUGAGCCCUUGCGCCAAUCGGCUUUUCAUGCUAAUGCUGCUCCAGUUGCUUCACCAGAUAUAAGCAAUAGCAAGAACAGUCCAAUCAAAGCAGUUUAAUUUUCAGAAAGGGUAUGGUACAUAGGCGUCUCAUCUUUUCCCUCCUUGAAACAUCUUGUUUUCCUCAAUAUUAUGCUUCUAUGGUAGGCCCAGUUAGAUAGGCAUAGAUAGAUAGUAAAUCAUAUUUAUUUUAUUCAUCUGUAAUCAUGUAUGCUAUUAUUUUGACUGAUUUACAUCCAGACUCUUAUUUGGAUCCAAUAUAUGUGUGCUUGUUAAUUCUA